GACGCCAUCAGCAUUGCUUAAGGGCAGCACUGAACUUAUUAGGAUAUACUUGAAGUUCCAGACCACUAACUGAAUCCUUAAGAAUUAUCUUCAUAUGCUAUCAUACAUCGACAAUAAAACUUAUAAGAGAGUGAAUAUCGAAAUAACUACUUUUAAAAGAAAUAUUUUUGCAAAAGACCAGCGGACGAUGACCGAUGGUGUAAUGUGUAGAAACAGAAACAGUCAGACUAACCGCAAUCACAAUUCGAGAUUCAUUUGUUCUAUUUGCCUUAACACGAACUCUCCUAAAGAAGAUCGAGACGAUUUAGACCCCAGAAGAAAAACAAAAUCUUGUCCAGUCUGUCAAAGAAACUUGGAAACUUGUAUCGAGAAAUGUACUCCUAAAAAAGACAGUUCCAGUAUUAACUGUAAAACAGUGCAAACAUCCCUAACUGAUAUCAGUGAAGGAUUUAACCUUUUGAACGAAGUGUUAACUGUGUUUCAAACUCAAAAAGUUGAUUGUAAAAAAUUAGUUAAAGACGCCGCCGUUUUAACUGAACAUAAGAAACCUUCGAACGUCAAUUUGGAGAUUAGUAAAAUUUUCAGUUUCUCUGUUAGAUGUGAAGAUAGAUUCAAAGACGAUUCCAAAUUCUCUGUGAUUGAUUGUCAUCAACCUUAUGUUAGUGGGAAAUCACAUAUAAAUCUGUCUAAACAUAAAUCUUCGUCUAUACCUCAAAUGAAAAUGGAAGAGCUUAAAAAAUCUCUCACAGAGAAAAUUAAAUCGAAAGAUGCUGUUGAAGAAGUGAAUAGAAUGUUUGCAACUGUACGAAAAAAUUAUCAUGAAAUGAGUGAAUCAAACAGGCCGUUAGUCAGAAGCGGGCCCAGAGUGUUGCCAGUCGUAAAAACUGGUGUUUCGAAUAAUCUUAUCAAGAUGGAAAAAUCAGAGGGGAAUAUUCCAUCUCAGGAGAAAAAGCUAAAAAACUUCCAAUGUUGCCAAACGAGUAAUUAUUAUUUAUCUGGUGGUGAUUCGGUACAACGUUUUUCUAUUGUCAAUGAUAACCAAAGGGAGAAUGAUAAUAAAAACGUUUAUAGAUGUGAGUAUCCACAGAUACAAAAAAGACCAGAAAUAUUUGUUUGUAACUGUUGUGGUAAUAAAUCUGAAGUCAAGAAUAGUUAUACUAGCUUCGUAUAAAAAAACUGAUAAUUA